ACAAAAAUAGUAAAAUACAAUUCCCUGACAUGUGUGGAACUCGCAGUAGUAGUUGUACUACUACUUGCAGAAGAAUCACAGACAAAAACCCAAUGGUCUCAUGUACACAGUUUUAGAUCAGAUUCAAAGUUCAAAGUUCAAACCCGUACCUCAUUCUCUCUCUCUCUAUCUUAUAUAGUUUCAAAACUUUCCCUCCAUUCAGUUCUGAGGGAAAGCAAGAAGCUAUGGAAACCAACUCAGUUUCCAAGCUUCUGAUACUUGUCUUAACGGCUUUGUUUGUGGGUUCUGAGUUGAUCCAUUGCAGUGUCACCUAUGAUAGGAAAGCCAUAAUCAUCAAUGGCCAAAGGAGAAUCCUCAUUUCUGGUUCCAUUCACUACCCCAGAAGCACACCUGAAAUGUGGGAGGAUCUAAUUCAGAAGGCCAAAGAUGGAGGUCUUGAUGCCAUUGACACUUAUGUCUUCUGGAAUGUUCAUGAACCAUCCCCUGGCAAUUACAAUUUUGAAGGAAGAUAUGAUCUGGUACGGUUUAUUAAGACAGUGCAGAAGGUGGGGCUCUAUGUCCAUCUCCGCAUUGGACCUUAUAUAUGUGCUGAGUGGAACUUUGGAGGAUUUCCGGUUUGGUUGAAGUAUGUUCCUGGUAUCAGCUUCAGAACAGAUAAUGGCCCUUUCAAGGCGGCAAUGCAAGGUUUCACUCAGAAAUUAGUGCAGAUGAUGAAGAAUGAAAAGCUAUUUCAGUCUCAGGGUGGUCCAAUCAUUCUUUCUCAGAUUGAGAAUGAGUAUGGACCACAAGAGAGGGCACUCGGAACUGCUGGUCAUGCCUACACAAACUGGGCUGCAAAGAUGGCUGUUGCAUUGGAUACAGGUGUGCCCUGGGUGAUGUGCAAGCAAGAUGAUGCCCCAGAUCCAGUGAUAAAUGCAUGCAAUGGCUUUUACUGUGAUUAUUUCUCUCCAAAUAAACCAUACAAGCCUAAACUUUGGACUGAGUCUUGGAGUGGCUGGUUUACAGAAUUUGGUGGCCCAAUUUACCAGCGACCAGUUCAGGAUCUAGCAUUUGCAGUUGCUCGUUUCAUACAGACGGGUGGCGCAUUUUUCAAUUAUUACAUGUACCAUGGAGGAACUAAUUUUGGACGAUCAGCUGGAGGGCCAUUCAUUACUACAACCUAUGACUAUGAUGCUCCAAUUGAUGAAUACGGUUUGAUCAGGGAACCUAAGUAUGGUCAUCUGAAGGACCUUCAUAAAGCUAUCAAGCUUUGUGAACAUGCUUUGGUUUCUUCAGAUCCCACAGUUACAUCACUAGGAGCGUAUGAGCAGGCUCAUGUAUUCUCUUCAAAAACCGGAACAUGUGCAGCUUUUCUAUCAAACUAUCAUUCAAAUUCUGCUGCUAGAGUGACCUUCAAUAACAGGCACUAUGACUUGCCUCCUUGGUCCAUAAGCAUCCUCCCUGAUUGUAAAACAGAUGUAUUUAACACUGCAAGAGUGAGGUUUCAAGCGUCACAGAUACAAAUGCUGCCAAGCAAUUCUAAGUUGUUCUCAUGGGAGACCUAUGAAGAAGAUAUAUCUUCUCUAGAAGAAAGUUCCAGGAUAACAGCUUCUGGACUUCUAGAACAGAUCAAUGUUACCAGAGACACUAGUGAUUAUCUGUGGUAUAUAACAAGUGUUGACAUAAGUUCAUCAGAAUCGUUUCUUAGAGGAGGGCACAAGCCCAGCAUUAGUGUGCAUUCUGCAGGCGACGCUGUGCAUGUGUUUAUUAAUGGGCAAUUUUCAGGAUCCACUUUUGGGACAAGCGAACAGAGAAGUUGCACAUUUAAUGGCCCUAUCAACCUACGUGCUGGAACUAAUAAAAUAGCACUUCUUAGUGUAGCUGUUGGAUUAGCCAAUGUUGGAUUCCAUUUUGAGAAUUGGAAGACUGGGAUCACUGGUCCAGUUUUGCUUCAUGGUCUUGACCAUGGACAGAGAGAUUUGAGUUGGCAGAAAUGGUCAUACCAGGUUGGCCUAAAAGGAGAGGCUAUGAAUUUGGUGUCUCCCAGUGGGGUCUCAUCUGUUGAUUGGGUCAGAGAGUCACUAGCAGCCUCAGGCCAGUCACAGUUGAAAUGGCACAAGGCUUAUUUCAAUACACCUGGUGGAAAUGAACCAUUGGCUUUGGACCUGAGCAGUAUGGGAAAGGGUCAAGUAUGGAUCAAUGGACAGAAUAUAGGAAGAUAUUGGAUGGUUUAUGCAAAGGGUGCCUGUAAUUCCUGCAGCUAUGCCGGAACAUAUCGGCCUGCAAAGUGCCAACUUGGCUGUGGACAACCUACCCAAAGAUGGUACCAUGUUCCAAGGUCAUGGUUAAAGCCAACAAAGAACUUGAUAGUAGUUUUUGAGGAAUUGGGUGGGAAUCCUUGGAAAAUAUCUCUGCUAAAGAGGACAAUACAUACACCAGCAACUAGUAAACUCAAUUCAAAGAACUGAAGGAACAUGAAUCAGAAAGAAUAAGUUGUGAAGAAAUGCAAUGGGGCCAUAGUUAUAAAAGAAUAAGAUAUUGUAUGUUCACUUGUGAAGUUCUCUGGCUUCCGUUGUCAUUGUUAGAUAAAGUUGAGGGAAUAAGUUAAUAUUUGUUACUUUGCCAUAAUUAAGCUUCACUAUGUGAAGUUUGGUUCAAUCAUUGGUGUGGUCAACUACGGUUCCUCUUCUUGAUCAUGCAUCAGGAUGGACCAUCAUCAAUGACACAAAAGGUGUGGCCAAGUUGAUUUUUAUUUAUUCUUUGGAGUUAGUAUCAAUAUGUAUACACGGGAAGAGAGAAAUUGCAAAAUUCAGACUUGUGCUUUUAUUCACUCGUGUAAUUUGUCUAUUUCAAUACAUACAAUGCAAAUA